UCUGACGUGCGCAGUAGACCUGCCAGUGAGUCGUGGAAGCUCAAUAGUGGUGGAGCUAUAAUUUCUAACCUCUCUGAAGUGUCCGCAUUCCGAAUAAAACUCAUCGAUACGAUAUUCAAUUACUAAUUAACAUCAAAUCUCCAAUUAUGACUGAGGAACGAAAGGAAGUUCGUGUGUGGUGUGAUGGCUGCUAUGACAUGGUGCAUUUUGGCCACGCCAAUUCCUUACGACAAGCCAAGGCCUUGGGUAAUUAUCUAGUCGUCGGUGUCCAUACAGACGCGGAAAUCUCCAAACAUAAAGGGCCUCCAGUGUUCACCCAGGAGGAGAGGUAUAAAAUGGUGAGGGGAAUAAAGUGGGUGGAUGAGGUAGUGGAAGGCGCCCCUUACGUCACGACCUUGGAGACCUUGGACAAGUACAAUUGUGAUUUUUGUGUCCAUGGGGAUGACAUUACGGUGACUGCUGAUGGGGUCGAUACAUAUCACCUUGUGAAAGAGGCUGGUCGAUACAGAGAAGUUCAGAGAACCGCCGGCGUUUCGACGACAGACCUUGUAGGUCGAAUGCUGCUGAUGACCCGUCAGCACUUCAGGCGGGGUGACAGUGAAUAUAGUGUAGACCGGGAGCCGAGCAAAAGUAUGGGACAGGACCAAACAGCCAGGAGUCCGUGGACAGGCUGCUCGCAGUUUCUUCCAACGACCCAAAAGAUCAUUCAAUUCAGUGAUGGAAAGAGCCCUCAACCUGGCGACAGAAUUAUUUAUGUCGCUGGGGCUUUCGAUCUGUUUCACGUGGGUCAUCUUGACUUUCUGCAAAUUGCUAAAAAAGAGGGAGAUUACCUAAUCGUUGGCCUACACACCGACCCUGCUGUCAAUAGAUACAAAUGUGGAAAUUAUCCCAUUAUGAAUCUACAUGAGAGAGUGCUGAGUGUGCUUGCAUGCAAGUAUGUCAAUGAAGUUGUUAUUGGAGCUCCAUACGAAGUAACCAAAGAACUCAUGGAGCAUUUCAAUGUGUCAAUUGUAUGCCAUGGACAAACCCCAAUACCCACAUGUGAAGAUGGUGCUGAUCCUUAUGCAGAGCCUAAACGACAGAAUAAAUUCAAAAUUCUCGAUAGUGGUAAUGACAUGACCACAGAAAAAAUCGUUGAGAGGAUCAUUUUGCACAGCGUUUAAAUUGCAGGUUGGAAUUCGAGGAUAGAAAUUUAAUGAAGGAGAAAAAAGAGCGGGCAGUUUACGAAGCCUACGUCAACUCGCGAAAAGGGCCGACAUCAGAACGUAUAUAAAUAAUAAACAAAACAAAUCGAUUGAUUUAAAUCAAAUCUCAAAGGCAAGAGUUAUUUAUAAUUUCUAAAUUAUUGUAAAUAUCUUAUGUCGCGUGAGAGAUUGCUAGAAGGUUUUUUUUAUUUAUUGACAAUGAAAUUUGAUCUGCUAAAUUUCUUUCGAGUAAUCACUCAAAUCAAUUGAAACAAGACUUGAUUAUUGUAUUACAUAAAUUAAGGAAUAAAUCUAAUGGAUGAACUUGA